AUGGCGGCCUCCGACAAGAAGCUGGAGAUUGAGCGGCAGCAGCGCAAGCGUGCACCGGCAGCGAUGCAGUCAUUCCUGAGUGAUGCACCUCGUUCCGUCACGACAAGGCCGUCGGUCGUGUGUGCGGCCCAGCUGCUUUCCAGCUCCAGCCCGAACCCCAACAAUGGCGGCAGCGCCAACAUGACGAGCCAUCCACAGAGCGCGAGUGCGACAGUCCUUUCCAGUCGGGGUGAUGUGAACAGUGGUCGCACGCAUCCCCCGCCCGACGAGGCACCGAAUGCCUCUGUGGCAUGUCUGCCCGAUGCCGGCGGAGGGCCGUCAGAGAUGCCGCGAGGGCCCACAAAAGAGCAGCUCGCGGCGGUGGCAGCCGAUGUACAGCAGCAGCUCGGGCAGCCGAGCUACGUCGCCCUCACAGCCCGGCAACUCGCGGCAGCGCAGCGCUGGCAGCAGUCGCACAGCUAUGAUUGCAUUGUGAAGGACCUGCAUGAGCGACUAGGUGUGGUGAAGCCCACGCCACACGGCACGACGAAGGAAAAGGAUGCGCGUGCGAAGCCUCUGGAAGUGGUUGCGGAUGUGGCGGACAAGGUCGUGGCGCUGCGGCGGGCCGAGAUGGCGGAAAUGGUGGCGCGGCUGCGUCGCAUGGUUUCGGAGGCCAACAUCACCGGCGUUCCCAUCAUCCCCGCAGCCUCCCUCGGCGUCUCCGGCAACCCGUGUCCGUCGUGUCAAUACUGCAUCGAGCUGACGUCCGAGGAGACCAUCAAGAAGUACCUGAUCGCUGCCCUGCAAGUGCUCUUGUCGGAGCGGGUGGUAGCACCCAUGGCCGGCCGAUGUGGACCCAUAUCCAUGAUGAGCAGCGCCUUCUCGGAGAAUGCAACGACGCUGGACUCCUUCCGGGCUCACACAAGUCGCGCACACAAACGGCCAGCAGAGGCAGGAGCCCCGUCGCGGUACUCGGUGCCGCAGUGCUUCCGCGUAGAGUUGGUCCCGUUUGCCCUACACAAGGUGUCUAUUCACGUCUCGGUGCACAGAAACCUCGCUGAGCACUUCUUCAAGGCGCACGCACGGCAGCAGGACCACCUCCGCUCCUUCCUCAUCGAUCCACCGUUUCCGCGGGAGUAUGCCGAGUGGACGGACGCGCACCGGCAGCGGCUGCUGCACCGCGUUCUCGGCGACCUCCUGCACGGCGGCGCCACCCCGGUCGUCCCGGCUGACCUCAAGACCAUCACACGCUUCCCCGCUCACGACAGCGCCAUCCGCGACGCGCUGUGGAGCUCUGUCUGGUCUGCGCACUCUCUGACGGGGUGGCUGACCAUUUCCGAGGACGCCGUCGCCAGCUAUCUCGGCGAGGAGGUCAUGUUCUACUACGCCUGGAUGAACCACUACGCGCGGUGGCUGUUGGGGGCGGGUCUUCUAGGAGUGUUGGUGUCUAUGCUAACCUCCCUGCGUCUGGCGCCCGACACCACCGCCGCGGCGGUGCUUGUGCCGGCUGCCCCCUCCUCACUCACUCUCCGCCACACCGUGCAGCGCUGCCUAGACGUGGCGCUGCUGCCGCUCUUCAGCACGACCAUGAUCAUUGGCAGCGUGCUGUGCAUCAAGAUGUGGGAGCGGCGCUGCAGUGUGCUGUGCAUGAAGUACCACCUGUUUCACCAAGAGGGACAGGACGAGCUGCGUCACGACUUUGGCAGCACGCCGGAGACGGACCCCGUGACUGGGGAGCCGCAGGUGUGCUACCCGGCGUGGUAUCGAGUGACUUCUGCGCACUCACUCACCUGGGACAUUGUUGCCCUCUUCAUGGGCGGCACGCUGUGGCUUAUGGUGUGCUCGCUCAACCUCGACGGGAUGGUCACCGACCCGGCGAGUCGUCUGGCCAUACCGUUUCUGCGGCGCCUCGCGGUGGAUGGCGGCCCGUUGGAUAAGACGGCGCACCCCAUUGCGGCGAUGCUCCCGCCGCUCGGGUACGCCGUGUGCAACGGCGCGCUGAGCUUCAUCUUCACUGACCUGGCCAAGUACCUGACACACAUGGAGAACAACCGCCACCGCGGCGAGUACAUGCGCUCCCGGGCGCUAAAACAGGCUGCCUUCGAGUUUGUGAACUCGUACGGCAAGUUAUUCUUCAUUGCCUUGGGGCGCUGCCACAUCGCGGAGCUGUCCGCCAACCUUCGGUCAAUAUUCUACGUUGGCGUUUUGAGUCGGAUGAUGAGCCACACCGUCAUCCCGUUUGCCGUGACGCAUCGCCGCCGCGUGAUGCGCCGCCUUUUCCGCGCCAGCGGCGGCGAUGCCGUGUCAACGCCGUCUGACACGUUGCUGUCCGCCCCCGCAUCCUUGCAGCUCAGCACACACGGUGGCAGCAGCGACUCGCCGCUGGACGAGGUGGAUGAGUUGCUGGACCUCUACGACAUCUACAUGGACUUCAUCGAAAUGCUGAUCCAGUUCGGGUACAUCCUGCUCUUCGCCGCCGCCUACCCCCUCGCGUCCUUCGUGGCGCUGCUGUCGAACAUCAUCGAGGUUCGCUCCCACCUGUUCAAAAUGUGCUACGUCAUGCGCCGACCAGUGCCGCGGCUGGGAGUGCAGCAGAACGCGACGUGGUGCAGCAUCAUGCGCGGCUGUGUCAUCGCCGCCGUCAUCACGAACACGCUUCUGCUAGCCCUCACGUCCCACCAAACGGUGCGGUGGCUUCCCGAGUACUUGACCGCAACCGGCACGCUACGCAAGCAACUCACCAGUGGCACGGUGGAGCUGAGGAGCGACGGCAGCGCGGCCGCGGCAGCGACAGCAGCCGCAAACCCGAAUCGUGGCCUGAGGCUUGCCGUGGUGGGGCCGGAGAUGGUGCCGGGCAAGGUGCGCUUCGUCAUCUUGUACUGCAUGGUGAUGGAGUACGUGAUGUGCCUGAUCGCCGUCUUCCUGCUCUGGCGCAUCCCGUCGACGCCGCGCGAGGUGCGCUACUACAAAGCACGCAAACUGUGCGAUCGUGUGCCGCUUCAGUAG